AGAAAAAACACUAGAGAUGUGACCUACCCUCAGGAUUCCAGCUGGUAAAUCUGCAGUCAAACCUCUUGCAACUUGCAGUACAAGAGUCACUUAGCUGGCCUUCAUGUGACCGUGUCCUUACGCCAAAUUUCCUUAGUAAAGUGACUUGGGCGUGAAGCAUUUUGCAGGAGGGAGGGAUAUGGGCAGAUCCCUCGAGCAAUUGUGAAAUACACAGACAGCCCCGGGUAGCUUUGGUUUUUUUUUCCUGUUUUUUUGGAGUGUGAUCAGGAUGAAAAAUAUACUGAGGAAAUUACAUAUUGGAUCCAGCGUGGAUGGCGGAGGAAGGGCUUUGGAUGCUAGAUCGCCCCCUCCUGGUUUGUUGCCCUCCCCUUCUUCUACAACCGGGGGCAGAACUGGCGCAAGCACGGGUACAGCCACCGGUACAAGCGAGGAGGACGUGUUAAUGGAUUAUAAUUAUUUCGAAGAGGAGUAUCAGGUCCAAUUGGCGUUGGCAAUAAGUGCUUCUUCCUCCAAUACGGACAGCAUCUGUAACGAUCCAGAGUCUCUGCAAAUUAAUGCCGCCAAGAGGAUCAGCCUCGGCCAUUCUCCUUCUCCUUCGCCUGCCAAUACGCCUGCGGAGUUUCUGGCUCAUCGUUAUUGGAGUUAUAAUGUCGUUGAUUAUGAUGAAAAAGUUAUGGAUGGAUUCUAUGAUGUCUAUGGCAUUUUAUCAGAUCCCAACUCACAAGGGAAAAUGCCUUCUCUUGUUGACCUUCAAGGAACACCUGUUUCAGAUAAUAUUGGAUACGAAGUUGUUUUAGUCAAUAGAAUCCUAGAUCCUGCACUACAACAACUUGAGCAAAAAGCACUUGGUAUUUCGUUAGAGCUCAAAGCAGCUGACCUUGGGCCAUUAGAUAGUGGCUUGGUGCAAGGGGUAGCUGAUCUUGUUGCUGAGCAUAUGGGUGGUGCCGUCAAUGAUGCAGAUGAUAUGCUUACAAGGUGGACCGUAAGAUGUUAUGGGUUGCGCAGUAUGCUUAAUAGUAUUGUUCUACCUCUUGGUCGCUUGCAGAUUGGGCUAUCACGCCACAGGGCUCUCCUUUUCAAGGUAUUGGCAGACCGUGUAGGUAUUCCUUGCAGGUUAGUCAAGGGGAGUCACUAUACAGGAACUGAUGAUGGGGCAAUAAACAUUAUAAAGUUAGACCAUGAAAGGGAAUUCAUUAUUGAUCUAAUGGGAGCUCCUGGUACAUUAAUUCCUGUCGAAACACCAAGAACAGUUCAUGCUCAAAGUCCUGUUUUAGAUAAGUCAAAUACUGGGCAGGUUAUUCUUGCACAGGCAGUCCAGGAUUUGUGCUCAACUCUGGAGGAGAAAGAUAUUGGCCUGUUUGUUGAUAGAAGAGAGGCUGCAGGUCAAUCUAAUAAUGAUUCAGGAGAUUGCAAAUGGAAAGAUGAAAAACUAAAUCUUGAUGCAGCGUCAAGUAGAGUUCUAGAAUCAGGUAUGAAAGAUGUAAAGCUCAAUGAAAGGCCUCAAUUUCAUUGUAUUGAACAGGGACUUGGAAAAUCAAAUUCACUAUUCAAUAGGCCAAGGAGAUCUCCAUCUUGGACAGAGGGAGUAGCUUCCCCUGCUGAGCAGAUGAAAGUGAAAAAUGUUUCACAAUGUGUGAUAGCAGCAAAUGAAAAUCCUGAUUUUGCACAAAGAUUACAUGCUGUACUUUUAGAGAGUGGAGUUCCAGCUCCUCCACAUUUAUUUGAUGACAUUAGUUCACAACAAUUUGCUGGACAAAAAGUUUCCCAGCAUAAAGGAAAUAAUCAGGAGAAAGGAACGUAUGAAUUUCAGAGAAGGAGAGAGAAAGUUCCUUCAGGUCCUGGGCGACCUCCACAACCUAUUAUGCGGAAGAAUUCCAUGACACGCAAUGGCGUGGGUGAAAAAUCUCAGGUGCAACUUGGGAAUAGAUUGGAACUAAGGAGAGUAUCAGAGGAACUUACUGACACAGUCUCCGGUGCUUCGUCCCUGAUUGCAGCAACGAGCGAAUGCUGUCAACCUCCAACAAAAGGACCCAGUGCAGUUGAAAAUGCUAUUGUUACACCUGUGGCCCUUGCAAAUCAGAAGCAUACAAGAGUUGAUAAUAUCUCACCACACAAUUUAGUGGACAGGGAACAUGCUUGCAAUAGAGGGAGAAGGGAACUUAUGGAAUCUGGAAGCGUGAUGCAUGGUGAGUCAGUGGAUUCCAGGAACAAUGCAGAUGAACUGGGCCCAUCAAUCAGUAGCUGCAAUACUAAACACCCUCUAAUGGAUGAUGUAGCGGAGUGUGAGAUCCCAUGGGAAAAUCUUUUAAUUGGUGAACGGAUUGGAUUAGGUUCUUAUGGAGAAGUCUAUCAUGCAGACUGGAAUGGCACAGAAGUUGCAGUUAAGAAGUUCCUUGAUCAGGAUUUUUCAGGAGAUGCACUAGAGCAAUUUCGCAGCGAAGUGCGAAUCAUGCAAAGAUUGCGCCACCCAAAUAUUGUUCUUUUUAUGGGAGCCGUCACUCGGCCACCAAAUCUGUCUAUUUUAACUGAAUUUCUUCCAAGAGGAAGCUUGUAUAAACUACUUCACCGACCUAAUAUCCAGAUUGAUGAAAAACGCCGCCUACGGAUGGCUCUUGAUGUGGCUAAGGGGAUGAAUUAUCUGCAUACUAGCAACCCAACCAUUGUUCAUCGAGAUCUGAAGUCCCCAAAUCUUCUUGUUGACAAAAAUUGGAAUGUCAAGGUUUGUGAUUUUGGCUUGUCACGCUUGAAGCACCAUACAUUUUUGUCUUCCAAAUCGACUGCAGGAACGCCAGAAUGGAUGGCCCCAGAAGUUUUGCGGAAUGAACUAUCAAAUGAAAAGUGUGAUGUGUAUAGCUUUGGUGUGAUCUUAUGGGAAUUGGCUACAUUGCGCAUGCCGUGGAGUGGAAUGAAUCCCAUGCAGGUGGUUGGUGCUGUUGGUUUCCAGGAUCGCCGCCUUGACAUUCCCAAAGAGGUUGACCCCAUGGUUGCAAAGAUCAUCAGUGCAUGCUGGCAGAAUGAUCCAAGUUUAAGGCCAUCAUUUGCACAGCUCAUGGCUUCGCUCAAACCAUUGCAAAGGCUUGUUCUUUUACCUCAGUCAGAGCUAUAACCUCUCUGUACAUGAGAAUUAUGUCCAUUAAAUAUUAGAUAAAUGAAUACUAACACAAAGCAAACGAUGUGCUCUUGUAAGCUUAGAGCUAUCAUUUGCUUCUCAAGGUCAUGCCAAAGUGCCAAAGAAAUGAGUGUUGAAAGUUGCUUACUGUUAUACUUCAAUGGCACGUUUCUAAAACUUGAUCUAUAUGAUUCAUUAGUUACUUGUGUGCUGCAAUCGAAAACUUGGAAUCUAGGAAAGAGGAUUCCAAGGUUGAUGUGAUUUUGCAAGUCUUGAAGAGGAAUGGUUCUCCAAGAAUUGGCAAGUCCCGAAGCAGCUUUCUUCUAUGCAAUGACUAUGCAGAAUGCAUAAAAGUCAGACUAUGCAUAGUGCAUAAAAAUUGCAUUUUUCGUAUUGAACUGUAAAGGCAUACAUUAGUUGUGCAAAGCACAGAGUCACACUUUUUAUGAUUGAUUUGUACAUGUUAGUGUUUGCCAUGUCCAUGCAAACAAGAUGGACAGGCAAUUUUUUUUGUUUGUCACAUAGUUUUCCUUGAAGGUGGUCAUUGAAGCUCGGCAGUCUGCAAAUGUCUGUUGUGUAUACAGGCUGCUAAAUCAAACAUCUUUUGCCAAAUCUAUAAAUGUGGAAAUCAUAUCUUACUAUGCUGAA